AUGAACGAAUCCGCCACUAGUUUAACUCCAUCAGCUGGGUACAAAAAUAUGUACAAAAAGCUACCAUCCGAAUCAGAGGGAAAAAAUAAUUUUAAAGUCUGCAGUGGCAUUCUCUUCUUGAUCAUCGGUCUUCCUUCUAUCUACUACAUAUUUAUCAACCCGAUGCCGGAAUAUGAAAUUUGUGCCGUGAAUGGGCAAGAGUUGAAUGUCACCGAAUUCGGAAUCAUUCUCAAAGACGCGCACAAUCAUGUUCAUAGAAGUAACCAAUUUACAUCGAAUAUGACGCUCGAAUGUUCUGUAAAAAUUCUUGUUCCGCCAGAGUUUCUUGAAGACAGUCGCUAUCAAAUAACGAUGCAAUUUCUCAAGUUCGAAGUUGAUGCUUACAAUACAACUGCGUGUAGAAGCUAUCUUGAGAUAGAAGACAAAUUCUACUGUGGAACGAUAACUGGAGAUAGUGGAGUCUUUCGCGAUGCAGGCUUUGAACAGUACGAAAAAUAUGACACGGAAAUGACGAGUCUCAAUUUUCGGUGGUUUAACAAGGGUCAAUGGGAUGACCGCGAGUUUCAAAUAGUUCUCGCUGUCGCAAAAACCUCAAACAACGUCAACUUCUUCUCGAAAAAUUUCAACAAAACGGAAAUGAUAGACGCCAACAACUUAACCCUUUCUACGAAGUUCUUCAUUUAA